AUGCGAGAAAACAUCGAUUUGAUAAUAGCUUGUCGUGAAGAUCUGAACAUUCCGAGCUCUAAUCGAUAUUUAUUUGCGAGACCUAACACGGAAGAACCUUUUGAUGGUGGCAAAUGUCUGGAAAAGAUCAAAAAGUAUUGCAAUUUGAAAAGACCUGAAAUGCUGACUUCUACUGGCAUGAGACAUCACAUAGCAACCAUGUCACAGAUACAUUCAAAACAAAACGAUCAGUACACAGAGCAUCUGGCAGGGUUUUUAGGACAUGAUUUAACAGUUCACGCAAAAAAUUACAGAUUGCCUAUGCAGGUCUUACAAAAAGCGGUUGUUGGGACGCAAUUGAUAGAGUAUGAAAAUACAAUUAGAUCACAAAAUUAG